GAGGUUUUCCAAAGGUUGGGUGUCUCUUUGGUCUCAAAUAUGCAAAAACAUCUUCAAGUCCCAGUCUUCGACCAGUCCUUCCGCUCGUAAGAUCCCCGAAGACACCGGAGACGCAUCGCCCUGUGGAAGGAGACAGGGAGAGGACGAGAGAGACAGCGAGUCCUGUCAUUCUUCUUUCUUCGCGUCGAGGUUUUUUUUAAAUCGCAGACACGGCUACGUCGGUCGGGAUUUCUCUACAGUUUUUUCGCCUGUCCCCGCGAUUCUCUUAAAACUCUUUUUUCUCCGUCCUCCUCCGCUGCAUGCGGCGUUUAAUAUAGUGGCUUUCAGUAGAGCGGUAACAUUCCUCGCCUUUUUCUCUCCUGGAAUGCGUUUGAGAACGCCGAGUUUUCUGUUGUCGGAUCUCUCCUCGCUUCUUCCUCUUCCCUUCCGAACUGCUUCCACUGUGGCGUCCUCUUCCUCACCGACUCCAGGAACGGUUCUCUUUCCUCAGAGAUUCUCUCCCUUCUCGCCGACUUCUUCGACCUCGACAUCUGCCAUCUACUCUGCCGGGGCAGCCUCUUCCUCCACGCCUCCUCACUCGCGUUCUUCUCGCCGAUCCUCUUCUCUCCGUCUCUCUCCUCUACGUUGUCUGCCGUUUCCUUGUCUCAGGGAAGCGGUUUCUUGCUGGAAGAACAGAGAACGAAGUCUUUUGCAGGCAGACACCAUGGCAUCUCCUUUCACGGGUGGCUUGUCUGUGUGGGAUGACAGUCUUCUGACCUCUCACGUCGCCUCUGUUUCCACCGCUGCGAGUACCUCGUCCCCCCCUGCAAAUGAGGCGUCGAAUGCGACACCCGCGACUAAGCGAGGCGAGAAGGAAAAGAAAACUUCCGGAGGUGUGACGACUCUGUACGAUUCGAUUGUCAACGGAGCACAGUGGCCGCAGCCGCGUCCGUCUUCUCUUCCGCUUGAUGAACGAGUUCAACUUUGUCUCUCCAUCGCUCAAGAGUGCAUCCAACCUGAUGAACUGAGGACUCUGCUGGAGAAGAAGCCGUUUCCGCUCUGCUACGAUGGCUUCGAGCCCAGCGGGCGCAUGCACGUGGCUCAGGGUCUGCUGAAAGUGACGAAUGUAAACAAGCUGACCAAGGCCGGCUGCGUUUUCGUCUUUUGGGUUGCUGAUUGGUUUGCAAUGCUCAACAAUAAAAUGAAUGGGGACCUCAAGAAGAUCCAAAAGGUUGGCGAAUACUUCAUCGAGGUGUGGAAAGCUGCAGGCAUGGACAUGCAAAACGUCCGCUUCCUCUGGGCAAGCGAAGAAAUCAACAGAAACUCUGAUCAGUACUGGGUGCAAGUCAUGCAAAUUGCAAGGUCUUUCACGAUCACCAGGGUCAAGCGCUGCUCUCAGAUCAUGGGUCGCCAAGAAGGAGAUGAACAACCUGCUGCUCAAAUCAUGUACCCUUGCAUGCAGUGCGCAGAUAUCUUCUACCUCGGAGCUGACAUCUGCCAAUUGGGUAUGGAUCAACGGAAAGUGAACAUGCUCGCGCGCGAGUACUGCGACGAAAUCAAGAGGAAGCUGAAGCCGGUCAUUCUGUCUCACCAGAUGCUUCCAGGCCUUCUCGAGGGUCAGGAGAAAAUGAGCAAAUCCAACCCAGACUCGGCCAUCUUCAUGGAAGACACGGAGACGGAGGUGAAUCGAAAGAUCAAGAAAGCGUUCUGCCCUGCUGGCGUUAUUGACGGAAACCCAUGUGUAACUUACGUGGAGCAGCUGGUUUUCCCUGCAUUCGGAGAGUUUGCAGUCAAACGGUCGGAAGCAAACGGUGGCGAUGUGACUUACGCCACCGUGGAGGAAUUCAGAAAUGCGUAUAUCAAAGGAAAUCUGCAUCCGGGAGACCUCAAGGAAAGUCUCGCACGGGAACUUAAUCGAAGACUGGAGCCGAUUCGCAAGCACUUUACGGAAAAUGAGCAUGCCAAACAACUGCUGCAGCAAAUUAAAGCAUACAAAGUGACGAAAUAGGGUCGCCGUGGCUCCAUCAAUGUGUGGUUCCUUAAGUGUCUACACAUCCGAUGUACUGUUUUGUCCCCGGUACGGGAGAGAACUCGGAAAGUCGCUAUUCUCACUCAGUCGUGUCAGGAGGGUCUCAAAUGUGUUUGGGAAAGCUUGUACCUCGUGUUAAUCGCCGAACUGUAUGGGGGGGAGACGCCCGUGUUUGGAGACACGAGAAUUUUUGGAUCCGCGAAUGGGCAGUGGUUGGGUUGCUCUCAGACUCUUGAAGACACCGUCCACAUAUUCGACCGAAAAACGAUCAAAAGUUCUCCAGUGUUCUGCUGCCAACGGAGACACAUCCACGUAGAAUGCACACAGAAAGGAGAGUCAACUGGCUGUACCGCGCGCCUGACCAUCCACAAAAAAAUUGUGAACCGGUAUCAGCCAACGCAACGGAUUAUAGUUCACCCAGCUAUCAGUAGGUAUAUCACGGUUACUGCUUUCCAUAUUCCUUGGCACAGUACAUGUGGGGAGUUAGUAUCAACGCAGGUGCAUGUUCCGCUAACGAUACUGCUGAUCACGUUCGACGGCCCACCGGCGAUGGUAGAGCGUGGUUUCGAAUGAUGCUGACUUAUGCAGAGAGAACAGAGGCUGUGUGUCAGUGGACGAGGACCGGAGUUCUUAGCAGACUGUCAGCAGAGGAAAUCAAGGUUGUCCAUCCAUGUGAGCGAAAGAGAACUGGAGUUCUUGGUAGAUUAUGAUUUAGAAGUGACCCCAUUUGAGUCCCGGCGAGACGGGCAUUGGCAACAAAGCUUUCCAACGACAGUUCGAUUCUUUUGGAUACAUACUGAGCGUUAAAAAACUAUGUUUCUGCUCUGCUUACUGUCUUAUCCAGAGUUUACAACACAGAGUGGUUCACGUACCGAGUAGCUUUUCCAUAUUGGGUGAAGAACCGACUGGAUGCAUGCAGACGAGAAACCAGACAUCGUACUCCCGUUCCUACGGUUGCUGAGUUUACAGCUUCCUGGUUUUUGACUAGAGGACGCACAGAAAAAGUUAUCAGCUUGCAGGGAUUCUAGUCCCUGAGUAGGUGGUGGCUUCUAGUGAAGCCUAAA